AUGUACGAGCGAAUUCCGUCUCCAGCCGGCCUCUUUCUCUUUCCCCCAGAGGUAUCACUAACGGAUUUGCUUCCGGCUUCCUUUCGAACCAAGGAUGAUCGCAUUCUGGCUCCCCACGCGGCUGAGAACGGGGUGGAAACGUUUCUCGACCAGGAUUUAUUGGUUCCACGACUGAAUGAGAUUCAAGGAUUGCUGAGGAUAUGUGGUCGCCCGAUGCCUCCGCGACCACUGCACCACCAGAUCGUCAUGUCACGAGAAAUCGUCGUAACAGAGCAAAUGGACAUGCACCUAGUCUGGUUAAAGAACUACAUUUUCAUCAAGCCUCUGCCCGCCUAUCUGCUCCAUCGUGACUUCUGGUCAAGACAGGAGGACUCCGGAGGUCCGAUCAUCCCGUGGAAUCACCGAGCAAGAUGUGCGUGGGGGUUUGUUCUUUCGUACAUGGCCCUGGUCGCCCAUCGAUCGGACUUUGAUAUUGCCAUGAAACAGGGAUUACUCCCGUCUAUCGUGACCUGGGAAAUGUGGAAGAGUCUCGCCACCCAGAUCUUGGAAGAACCUAGCUACUCAGUCGUCAACCCACGCUUCUGCUAUGGAGAGCUGCGCCUCAGCCGGCUAAACCUGGUGUACGCCGUUUCCAAAGGCUGGCUGUAUCGCGGAUACUCCCGGAUUGGCGGCGCGGUGACAUAUGAAGAUCUGUUGCGCGAUAAUUUCGCCGCCCUUGCUACCUUGCUGGGUUACGUCGUGAUCGUUCUCACGGCCAUUCAAGCUGGGUUGGCGACAGAUCGACUACAGCACAAUGGCAGGUUCCAGGAUGCAAGCUACGGAUUUACGGUCUUCAGCAUUAUUGCCCCUCUGGUUGGGGCGGGGACAUUGAUGGGAGUCCUCCUGGGUAUCUUUCUCAAUAACCUUAUCGCCACCAAGUCUUAUGAAUCCCGGCGAUUCCAUCAAAUUGGCGUGGAUCCACACGCAUGGAACAGCAGUGGGCCUGAUGAAGCCUAG